AUGGCGGUCAGCCAGGGUGCCCCAGCAGGCCAUGGGCAGUUCAACAAACUUCCACCAACACGGACCAAACUGCAGCCACGGACACGGAAACAUGGAGAGGGAGAAGAGAAAGAAUCUAAGGAACCAAAGGGACAUCCAAUAUUUGAUGCCAUUUUGAUCAUUGGAUUUAAGUUUAAAUACUGCCAUUCAGAGUUAAUGAGGCUACUUAUUUACUCUGGUUUCAACCUCGUCUAGCAGGAUAACUUCGGUCAGACACCGCUGCACCUGGCCUGUAUUAAUGGGAAUUUGGUAUCUGUACAGGAACUCUGUGAACAGGAUGGUGCUGAAAUCAACUUAGCAGAUAAGAAUGGGAAAACUCCUUUAAUGUUGGCCAAGGGCAGAAAGCAUGAAGAUGUUGUGGAGUAUCUCAAAUUAGAAUCUAAAAGAAAGGCCAGCAUUUUGCCAAGGAUAGACUUCUGGUCAGUGGUAUUUGGGCCACCUGGGAAUCACAAAGGACCAAUCCUGUUUUUUGUUGUUAACUUACUGUGUUGGUAUCCUAUGUAUGUAUUCAAGUGCUUACCAGAAACGUUCUACGAGAUGGAGGUGUGGCAUUUAAUAUUUGUGAUGACAAACAUUGUGAUGUGGGUAUGUCUGUACCACGCCAACUCAGUGGACCCUGGUUUUCUCCCUCGUAACAUUCCAGAGUAUGACAUGGCAAUAAAACAGGUGGCUCACUUUGAUGAGUGGAAACAGGGGAAGAACCCCCUGAGUCGUCUUUGUCACACCUGUCGUACUGUCAAACCAGUGAGAUCUAAACACUGCAAAAUCUGCAACCGCUGCAUCCGAGAGUUUGACCACCAUUGUCCUUACAUCUACAACUGUGUGGGCUACAAUAACAGACAGUCGUUCGUUCUGUUUGUGAUGUGUGUAGCAGUUAAUGGUACCCUGAGCCUGCUUGUCUUCGUGCCCGCCAUUUGGGCUAGAGAGGGAUGGACUUUCAAAGCAGACUACAUAAUAGGCUCUCUUCUGCUGCUAUUUUUUGACUUUAUUGCUUUUUAUGUUGCAUAUACCACGUUCAUCCAUGCUGCUCUAAAUCUAACUACAAAUGAACGCAUCAACAGAAAACGCUACCAGUAUUUAAAGAACGCCAACGGGCAGUAUUACAACCCGUUCAACCGAGGCAUAAAGUCCAACAUACUGGAAUAUUUCCACCUCAAACGGCCACUAAAUACGGGCGAGGUGGACUUUUUGCAGGCAGAUAUCGUAUAGCAGAUUAUUCAAAGUCAUUUCUUUUUUAUCGACACGUUACAUGCUCACUCCCAUUUGUCUAAUGUCAGAAUGUCUUUAUAUAGCAUUAUGUGUGUUGUUUUUUUUACCUCUGCCAUACUCUUUCAUUGCACCCUGUUGUUUCACGAACUUUUCUUUGAACAAUUAAAAGCGUAUACUAGUAUGUAUGAACUUGAUGAACAAUGUUUUAAGGCAGCUUUGCUCUUUGUAUACAUGAAGAGGUACAGGAUAACAUAAUUUGUGAACAGCAGGUGCACAUGAUGUGUUAAGAACAGGGGUAUUCUGAAUAAGGCAUUGAUUGGCUGGAUGUAAAUAUUUGCCAUUUGAUUUGUGAUGGGGGUUAACAAAGAUUGUUAACAAACUUCAUCAUGUGAGGCAAUUAUGGGAAAAUGAAUAUGAACAUGUUUCUAGCAAGGGAGUGCAAGUUUGUCCAUAUCUAUAAAGUUACACAUUUUCUCACAUUCAAACUCAAUUAAUUUUAGAAAAGGUUGUUUUAGGCUUGUUUGCGAGGUGUGAUAUCCUACGCCAAACAUAUAAGUUUCAGCACCAAAAGUAUAUGUUUGAUGACAUUUAUUUCCCACAAUAAAUGCAAUAAAUGCAUAAUUAUAUGAAUAGUUCAUCCAACAUCACAGUAUAUAAAGGAUUCAAUGGAAAAUGCAGAUUAGCUUUGGUAAGAUGAAGAUAUUUCUAUGGCUCUUGGUGUUGCAUCUGUCUGUUGCCCACAUGGUUAAUUUAUGGACAAUAUAUGGAGGGACAAAUUAAGAAACUGCUAUUAUUCAAUCAUGCGCAACAUUAAAGAAAUUGAAGGGAAAAAAGCAUAAAGUGAUAACUAGGGCGUGUGGCCUCUGUAUCGCUAAGUGUGUUCAGGAAUUCAUUCUUUUUGAGAGAUGAAAUUUUAUCUUUGCUGAUCGAUGACAGGAUGUCUUACAAUUAUAAUAAAUACUGUGGAUUACGAUUAACACUGCUAAUAAAAAAAAUUAGCAUUUUUGUGUAAGUAAUAAGAGGGAAACAGAAGGGAAGCGUGAUAGUGACGCCCCACAAAGAGAGGAUAAAA